AUGUUGGCUCGUCCAUUCAUUCACAACUAUAACAUUUCGUUUAUCUAUUUCAGUCUAUCCGUGGAUAUUUCCACGUGGAGAUACCUAGUUCAGGCAUUGUUAGUUGCUUAUUCUGGUAUUUAUUCUUCAUUAAUUUCAUUUGUGGCUGUUCAAUUCAUUUAUCGGUAUUUGGUUCUUGUCAACACACAAAUCUUGGAGAUCCUUUUCCAUGGCUGGAAAUCUGUGGUCUGGGUUUUCUAUGUUACAUUCUUUGGGGUUGCCUGGAGCGCCUUGGUCUACUUCUGCCUGUAUCCCAAUAGUUAUUCCAAGGAUUACAUCAGGGAAGAAUUUGAGAAAGUUUAUAACAUCAGUGUGGACAACUCUGCAAUAUUUAUUCUAGUUGCAUAUAAUAUUGAUCAAUCAACCAACGAGUACAAAUUACGAUGGCAAAGUGUCACUAUGAUAGCUGGAACUGUUUCAAUUCUGCUGAUUCAAUACGCUAUAAUGAUAUUUUGUGGAACAUCAAUGCAUUUGCAGAUGAACGAAAAGCUAAAGAACUUCUCAGAUGUACAUCAACGUCUUCAGAAGCAAUUCUUUAAGACACUACUUCUUCAAAUAGGCGUUCCCACCGUAUUGUUCCAUAUGCCUAUAUUUCCAGUACUUUUAGCACCGUUCUUCAACUUCAAAUUCUCGUAUCAAACUGGAAUUAUUUAUAGCUUAUUCUGUUCUUAUCCCCCAAUUGAUGCACUUAUUAUUAUGACGGUUGUCUCAGAUUACCGGUCUGCAUUGACAAAACUAUUCGGAGGAAAUCAUCAACAAGUGGCAACAACAACAGGGAGAACGGAAGUGGUAACUAUAACUGACUGGGAUUGGUGUACAUCUUUGCUUUCAGCUAUUAUAGUCAUCGUCAUGCUUCCGUUGUUUGGCAUGUGA